AUGGGGGCCGAUGAAGUACCAAUGGACGACAAAGCGAAGAGGAUGAGAGAUCUGUUAUCGAGUUUCUACUCCCCAGACCCUUCCAACUCCAACACCAACUCCAAACACGCUUCCCUUGACGAUAUCAAUUCCACCUCUUUCGAUCCCGAUCAGUACAUGAAUAUCCUGGCGUACAAGUGCAAUUUGGAAGGGCUGCUCCAACGCCACGUUGAAAUGGCAGCUGAAAUCAAGAAUCUCGACACCGACUUGCAAAUGCUAGUCUACGAGAAUUACAACAAGUUCAUCAGUGCCACUGACACUAUAAAGAGGCAUGAUGAAGAGUAA